GAAUCUCUUUGGAUUUUCUACAGAUUUCGAGACGGAGUUUCUAUCUCGCACAGAGGUUUAUGCUAAAAUUCGCCCCUUUGUAAAACAUUGCCAGUUUUGGGGAGUUUUCGUUCUUUCUAAUGUGGCAUGCUUCUUUGUUGCUUCUGUUACAUUAUCCUAACUUGCUUUGUGCAUCAUGGCGGAUCUAUGGUGUCUCUUAUUAAUUUACUUGGUCUGAAACUCUCCAUUGUCAUCAACAGCAUUUCUCUGAAUUUCAGCCACAUCUGAUCCACGCCUCCUACAUGUAGUUUAGAGUUAAAAUAGAUAUCUAGCCUGUUUUGUGGAAGGGUAUUCAAUGGAAAAAUAUCUAAGUCGUCAUGGAGCAACUGUAUUGUCACUAAAACAAAGCAAAAUAAUAAAAUAUAAUCGAAGAAACUACAAACGUGCAAACUAAGCUACUAGUACGACUGUACGAGGGUGCGCAGCGAAAUUAGGUUAACUUCCGAUGUUUGUAGUCGACGACAGUGGCUCUACAAACAACUUCCAGGGAAACAUUCACUUUGACGUUCCCUCCAGUCCACUAUCGUUCUGAUGACGGCGUGUAUGAAUGCCGCAGGUUGAAAUGCUUUACUGUUUUGAAGUUUCGCCUCGUUCCGUUCCGUCAAGUGUGAAACGAUGUUAAAAUACUACGUUCGUAUGCCUCUGUAUUCACUGUCGCUUGUACUGUGAUUUUCUGAUUGAAGUAUGAAUAAAAAUAAGUUAUAUUUUUGUUAUAAAGCAAAUAGAUCUAUUUUCCAAACAUUUUACUGACUAGACUUCGAUCACAAAAAAAAUGUAAUACUAUAUCACUGAUUAAUAUGUAUGUUGUGUGGUAAUCUUUGAUGUGCCGCCAGCAGUUCGAAUGUUUGAAUUUAGUUUGUUUUGGCAAUCGCUGUUGUUUUUCCGAAAGAAUAGUGUUUUGAUUGGGUUUUGUCGUGCGAGUGAGGUUGACAGCCUAGAUUUGUCUGUCGUGUUUUGCGUCCUGCCAUGGAUACGCCAAUACAGUCGCGUGGUAGAAACCGUCUGAUUCCUCCUACACCGCAAAUGAGGAAAAUUGGUUUUGGAACUGGUGUGUCUGUGUAUAGUAUGCAGAGGUCGCCGUGCAAUGGGAACGAGAGAUCGCCUUGGGCAGUGAAGAAACUACUGAGGAGCAGCAUGGACAGGAGUUAUGAAAAACGUUUGGACAUUGAAGCAGACCUGUUAAAGAAAUUACAGCACCCGAAUAUAGUAGAAUUCCGUGCUUUUGAGCUGAAUUCGAACGGCAGCAAAUGCCUAGCAAUGGAGAAAUGUGAAAUUUCGUUGGGAGAUUUCUUAGAACGGUGUGAAGCUCCUUUGCCACCUUUUAUUAUUAAAAAAGUUGGUCUUGAUAUAGCAAAUGCAUUGCAUUACUUGCAUUCAGAGUGCAUGAUCUUACAUGGAGACAUCAAGUCGUACAACAUACUUAUCAAAGGUAAUUUUGAAGUUGCAAAAUUAUGUGACUUUGGGGUGGCACAACGCCUCGACGAGAAUGGAAUAAACCCUGAAGACAAUUACAUUGGCACACUUCUGUGGUCAGCUCCAGAGGUACUGCCAAUGGGUUCUGGCCCAACAACCAGUAAGGCUGACAUAUUUUCAUUUGGUCUUGUUCUUUUUGAGAUGAUGACACUUCAUCCGCCCCACAUGGAUGCAGAAUCAUCGUCAUCACCAUCAUCUGGGAAAGGAUCAGAUGGCUGUGGGUCAUCAGGGAGUUCUUUAGAUGACAGCACUGAUGAAAAACUAGGAACGAGACCUGAUUUGCCUUGCUUAAGCCAAGAAUAUGAGCCUAUCAUCCAUUUAUUCAACUGGUGUACAGAACACGAUUUAAAUCUUAGACCCACAGCAGGUGAAGUAAUAGUGUACCUGGAGAAAUGUUGAGGACGCAGUCUUCAAAGUCAAUUCGAUGAGAGGAAUUAUCUUUGAAUUUAUGGGCAAUAUGCUGUUAUUUGGACAACUUGCUGUGAACUUGUUUGUUUACAGUAAAAAAUAUACAUAUAUACAUA